AUGACUGCAUUGGCAACUACAACAAGUAAUACUAGUUCCAAAGAUGAAGAUGUGGCUUUUUGGCUACAUAAUAAACUUGGCUCUCAUGUUGAUCUAUGGUCAUCAUUUAGUAUCAGUUCUACAUUAACACAAGAACAUUUAUUAUCCAUAAAAUCCAUUUUAUGGAGUUUAGAUACACUUGUUAAAGUUAAAUUAUUACUUUCAUUCAUUCACAUACCGAAACGAAAUAUAAAUGAAUGGGAAAGUUUGUUACAAGAUAUUGUUGAAUUAAGUCGAAAAGAUAAUGUUGGUGAUCAAUGGGUUGCUGUUAUUAGUGAAAUAAUGAAAACAUUCCCAGAUAAAUCAUUAUUUAAUCUCGAUUUAACUGAUCAAGAAUGUGAAGGUUUUACUGAUGGUAUACAAGAAUUAAGAAAAGCAGUUAAAAAAAAUAAUGAUACAACACAUUUACCAUUAGAAUCAUGUUAUUUAGGAAGAAGUGCAUUAAAAAUGUUAACAGGUGAUAUACCAAAUCCAUCGAAAUGUUUUAGUCUUAUACGUAAAGCAAAAUCUGCAAGAAUUAGACAAGAAUUAUUAGAAAAAAGUGCACAAACAUCUAAAACUAAGAAAACAUCCGAUUAUGCAGCUAUUACUGGAUCUCGACGAUCAGCUGAUGAAUAUUCAUCAUUUUAUUCUUCAUCAACUCCAACUUCGAAACCGUCAAAUGUUGGUUUUCUUAAAUCAAAUCCAAUAAGUACAACAUCAGGAAUUAGUGGUACAUCACGUUUACAUAAUCGUCGCGAAGGAGGAAAUGUCAAACUUCUUUCAUUAGAAGAAGAACAAGCAUUGAAUGAUAAUAAAAAACGAAAGAAAACUGUCGUGGAUGAUGAUGACAAUGUUACUGAAAAAAAAUCUAAUCGUAGUAAAAAACCGACUACACAACCACAAAGUAUUGAUCGACUCGAUAGUACAACUGAUGAUUUAUCAACUACACCAACAACAACUACUACGACUCAUAAUGAACUACAAGAAUUUUCUAUUCCAAAUAAUUUUGAACAAUUUACUCCUUUGAUUUCGCACGCAACGUAUGCACCACUAAGUCUUAAUGAAAUGCCAGCUACACCUAAUCCUGUAAUGAAUAAUGCGGCAAAUGAUAUAAUCUACGGUCUUCAUCAAUCACGUAUAGAUAGAAAUUAUUCCAAUAAUAAUAAUAACAACAAUAAUAACAAUAAUAAUAAUAAUAAUAACUCAUCCGAACAAGAUAGACUAUUAAAUACUUCACCGAUCCGAUCCGAUCUUAAAUUAACGAAUGACCAAAUUACAUUUGCUCGGGAUCUUUUUCGUACAAGUACAUGUUUAACUCGAACCGAUAAAAGUCGAAUAUUAACUUUUAUUGCUGGUGUUCGUGAUCGUUCACUAGAAGAUAAUAAGUCAGACAAUCCAAUUGUAACAAUAAAAUUAAGUGAAAAAGAUGAAACAAUACCUGAUCAAAGUACAGGUCAACCUCAACAAUAUUUUGCUGAAACAUUCUUUCAAAUGAAUACAUCAACUGGUGAAUGGAAACGUAUUAAAAAAUUACGACCAUUAAAUCAAGUCAAUUAA